AUGCCACGAGGGGAAGAUCGGGAGCUGGUCGUCGCACCAGCCGACCACGGAGGCUGCGGCAACGUCGCUGAUGCAACUGCCGCCUCCGCCACAUCAGCAUCAGCAGCAGCAGCAGCCGCAGCCGCCGCCGCCGCCGCAGCAGCAGUACGACCACCCUUUCCGCCGGGCUCAUCUUCAAGAAACGAUGAAUUACAUUCGGUGGGAGCUAUUUUCGGCCAACAACGAGACAGGAGGAGCUCCUCCGAGACACUUUGCGGUUCCUUGUUCCCGUCGAGUCGAGUUGUUCAUGAUGAUGGGGUUUUGCACGAAAGGUUACCAGCUGUGAGGCAGCAAGACAUCCCAGACGUCCUGAAACGCAUGUCAGAGAUGCAAGUUUUCGAAGGCAGCGCCAGCGGGACAGGAGGAGACGCAAACGGAACGUUGGGCAAAGGUGUCCCAUCUCUGCCGCGCGAACCGGAUAACUCGGCCGUAGUGUUCGAUGUUGACGCUCUUCGAGCCGCCUUCGCCGCAGCGAAACAGGCCUUCCCUCCCCACUGGAUCCACUGCGUGGCCGUCAAGAGCUGCCCGCUGUCGGUCGUUGUUCAGGAGGCGGUACGAGCUGGUUUAGGAAUCGAGGCUGCAUCUUUUGUUGAGCUGUACAUGGGCCUUGCUCUUGGCUGCCCCUCAGAUCUUGCCGCGUUUGACUCGCCGGCCAAGACCGAUGGGGAGCUGGAAAUGGCUUUGGCGCGAGGGGUCCUGAUAAACGCUAACAGCCUGGUAGAACUAGAUCGGAUUGAUGCCAUCAUCAAGAGGGAGGGCUGUCCUACUUCCGCGCGUGUCGGUAUCAGACUGAAUCCUCUUGUAGGAGCUGGCUCUAUCGCCGAGCUAAGCGUGUCCACCUCAACCAGCAAGUUCGCAGUGCCUAUGACUCCCGCGAACGUCCUAGCGGUGGUGGAUGCCUUCCGCAAGUGGCCUUGGCUCGUUGCUCUGCAUACUCACGUCGGCUCCCAAGGGUACUCGGUCGAACAGUUGGCCGAGGGUAUCGCAGUUCUUUGCGAAAUUGCGGACGUCAUCGAUGGCAAGUUGGGGAAGGGGAGAGUCACUUUGCUGGACAUUGGCGGGGGCCUGCCGGCAAACUACGACUCGGAUGAGGUUUCACCUACCUUCCACGAGUACGCUGCGGCUCUGAAAAAGGCCGCACCCUCCCUCUUUCACAACACAGAGCGCAUCGUCGUGACGGAGUUUGGCAGAGCAUUUGUGGCCAAGGUUGCAAUGACGGUGAGCAAGGUGGAAUACGUCCGAUCAAGCGAUCACUCGGGAGCCGAGGGAGGUGCCGCCGGUAAAACAACUCAGCAGGCAGAGGACCCAUCGAACGUCGUUCGUAGCCCAGGCGAGGUACCGGAGUCGUCUUUGCCUGUCGAGGACUACCAAACAUUGGUGACGCAUAUUGGAGCUGACCUAUUCCUGCGCACCAGUUACUGCCCCGGAAGGUACUCCCACCGCUUGUCGAUGUACUCCAGGAACGGGGCCGCAUUGGGCGGGUCUGCGAUCAAAACAGAUGUGGCGGGCCCGUUGUGCUUCCAGGGAGACUACGUGGCGCGCGGCGCGAGCCUUCCUCGGGCUUCGCCAGGGGAUUUAGUUGUCGUCCACGAUACAGGGGCGAACACGCUAUCGCUGUUCAGUCGGCACUGCUCGCGGCGUUUCCCUUCGGUGUACGGGUACACGAGGAAUGCCGACGGUACCGUAUGUGUUCGGCUGGUGAAGGAAAAGGAGAGCGUCCAAGACGUCGCACGCUUCUGGGGUGCUUGCGUGUGAUCGAGAAGGCACUCCAUGGGCCAGACAAAUAAGCAUGCCGAGGAAUGAGGCAACGCGAACGCUUCCAUUGGCCAAGCAACGGCGGACCGAUGGAGUGAGGAGACGGAUGUGCGAUUUCCAGCCGGUGAAGGACCUGCUUCCUCCCAAGCCUUUCAAGGGUGGUGUGUCGAGGGACAGUUGAGGUUUCCCUCCUUUUCGGAAUACCCGUGUCUUUUGGAUGUGUAAUUCUUGCUCGAGUUUUUAGAGAUUAGCGGUUUCCAUGGUGUCUGUCUGCAUAGAUUUAUAGACGUGAGCGGCCCUACGCGAUGGGCGAUUGGUUUCUGCUGUCAGCUGCCAUGAGCACACACAAUUCGAGGUGAGUUGUGAGGUGUUCGCUCGUCACACCUGCAUCUGUCUGUACAGAUGCAAUGACCGUUGACAGAUCGCAAGGACGCCGGCGUUGACGUCAAAGACAAGAGCGCCCUAGUUAGAGCUACGCACCCGCCCCCCCGCCGCAGUGUGUGCAUGCGCGGACACGAUGUUGGCAGCGGUGUGUCGCGUUCAGCUAAAAUGAUAAUAAUGCCGACUUCCACCUCUUCGUCCGCAGAAGUGCACGGUAGCGAAUGUGGGAAAUGCAGUAGCAGGCCUCACGAACUUUGGGCUGCAAGACAGGAUGUAAUGCGGUGCUGUGCUUUUAAACCUAAUACUACAAGACACAGGAAUAGUGGAACUACUGCUGUACAUUUUAGCUUUCACGUGGAAUUCCCCUUGCCGGAACGUUUGUUGCAUUGACUAACGGAAUAUGGCUUUUCUGUCGAACACGAAGAAAAUUCAAUCGACUGAGUAGUAACAACCUCGACCGAGGCUCAACAGCUUCAACAUGGAGUGCCUUGAGGGAACGAGGGGCCCGGCAAUCGUCUGGAAUGUUUUAUCUUUGCUGGUGAAAUCUUCCAUGGAAGUGGUGAGAGCUUCCACAGAAAAGCUUCACAUCUUUUCCGUGGAAGUUUAAAGGAAAGUACUUCAAGGAGGCUGGAUGGAAGCGUUCGUGAAGCUUAUUUUUCUUCCGUCCAUGGAAGCUGCCACAACUGCCCUAUGGGAAACGUUCGCCUUGUCCUGUACAAACACCUUUUAGCUGGUGUCGUGCAAUUAGUCAACCCUAGGUUAGGUCAGGGUAAGAGGACUUGGGGUAGGUUAAUCGCAGUAGUUUAUGUGUUGAGGCGUGAUAGAAUGGACUUGAAAAUGAUGGCUCUGGGAGCAGGGUUGGAGUUAGGUCUGGUUGAAAUAACGUCAAAUAAGGUCAUGAAAAGUGCAUGAGUUGGAGACUAGAACUGAGGAGGUGUGGGUUUAUGGUUGGAAUGAU